AUGCGGGAAGAGUGGGCUUUGCUGGAUCAUUCUCAGAGGAGGCUCUACCGAGAUGUGAUGCUGGAGACCUGCCAGAACCUGGCCUUCGUGGCUCAUGUGAGAACACACAGUGGGGAGAAAUUUUCCAAAUGUCUACAGUGUGGGAGAACCAUUAGUCAACAACAGUACCUUCAAAUACAAGCAACAAGGCACUCUUGGGACAAACCCUGGGAAUGUAAGCAGCCUAGGAACGCCUUUAGUGAUCACCGAUGUCCUCAAGUACAUGUGAGAACACACACUGGGGGAAAACCCUAUGAAUGCGAGCAGUGUGGGAGAGCUUUCAGACGUCAUUACUGCCUUAAAAGACACUUGAGAACGCACAGUGGAGAGAAAACCUAUGAAUGCGAGAAGUGUGGAAAAACUUACAGACGUUUUCCCUACCUUCAAAGACACUUGAGCAUGCACAGUGGAGAGAAAACCUAUGAAUGUGAGCAGUGUGGGAAAGCUUUCAAAUGUUUUCCCUACCUUCAAAGACACUUGGGUAUGCACAGUGGAGAGAAACCCUAUGAAUGCGAGCAGUGUGGAAAAGCUUUCAAAUGUUUUUCCUACCUUCAAAGACACUUGGGUACGCACAGUGGAGAGAAACCCUAUGAAUGCGAGCAGUGUGGAAAAGCUUUCAAAUGUUUUUCCUACCUUCAAAGACACUUGGGUACGCACAGUGGAGAGAAACCCUAUGAAUGUGAGCAGUGUGGAAGAGCAUUCAGACGUCUUUACUACCUUCAGAGACACUUCAGAACCCACACUGGAGAGAAACGCUAUAAAUGUGAGCAAUGUGGAAAAGCCUUUGGUGAACGAUGCAACCUUCACUCACAUGCGCGAAUACACACUGGGGAGAAACCCUAUGAAUGUAAGGAGUGUGGGAGAGCCUUUGGUCAUAUGGGCUCUUUACGUUACCAUUUAGGAACGCACACUGGGGAGAAACCUUAUAAAUGUAAGGAGUGUGGGAAAUCCUUUAGUCAUUCAACUGCUUUACGUUCCCAUUUAGGAGCACACACUGGGGAGAGACCCUAUGAAUGUGAGCAAUGUGGGAAUGCCUUUAGUAAACAAGUCCACUUUCAAUCACAUGUGCGAAUACACACUGGGGAGAAACCUUAUGAAUGUAAGGAGUGUGGAAAAGCCUUCAGAUCUGGGAACUCCCUCUAUAACCAUGCAAUAGUACAUAAGGGAAUGAAACCUAUGUGA